AUGCUGCUUACACGACAUCUAAGGCAUGGGAUGGCCAUCCUCCGACUAUCGACAGGACUCAGCACCUCCCUGCGGCAAUGCAGCUCAGAAUCGAAGGAGGAAACCGAAAAACCAGCCGAUAAGAGAAGCUUAGUUGUCCGUACGAACCUCUUCGAAUCGGCGGCCAAAAAGGACAAACAAACGUACAUUGAUAUGGUGAAAGUAUUCGAAAAGCGCAGCGUCCAUCGACGAAACCAUGUUGAGUUUAUUUAUGCCGCCCUGCGCCACAUGGAAGAGUUUGGCGUGCACAAGGACAUCGCCGUUUACAAGGCUCUGAUCGACGUGAUGCCGAAAGGCAAGUUCAUACCAACAAACAUAUUCCAGGCCGAGUUCAUGCACUACCCACGGCAGCAGCAAUGCAUCAUUGAUCUCCUGGAGCAGAUGGAAGAUAACGGAGUUAUGCCCGACUAUGAGAUGGAAGCGAUGCUGAUCAACGUGUUCGGCCGGAAAGGACAUCCGGUGCGCAAGUUCUGGCGCAUGAUGUACUGGAUGCCCAAGUUUAAAAACCUUUCCCCCUGGCUAUUGCCGAAUCCGGUGCCAAACGACGCCCUAGAGCUAGCCCGGUUGGCAGUGGAACGAAUGUGUUCGAUUGACCUACGUAGCAAAAUCGACGUGUUCGAUACAAAAACGGUAGAGAAUGCUCUCGAUCACACGUGGGUCGUUAGUGGGCAGAGUGCGGAACAAUCGGAACUUUUAGAAGCACACGAGAAGAAGGAACCCGUCUAUAUAGAGGGACCAUUUGUGAUAUGGCUGCGAAACCGAAGCAUCAACUACUACGUUCUCAAGAGCGCCCCGAAACCGUUGCCACAAGCAGAAGAAACAAAUGAUCCGGAUGAUGUGAGCAAUCUGCAUAAUCCGUACAUUGGGCUGGACAUUCGCUUCCGAAAACAUCAGCGCUCGGGAUCGGCACUAAGCACCAAAUGUCGGUCAGUUCACGAACAAGACGAUGGUGUCAUAUACGCCAUCUGCUGCACCGGAACGUCCUCCAAAGAUUCGCUGCUGUCCUGGAUCCGCCUGCUAGAGAAGGAAAACGGCAAUGCAGUCCUUGCCACGCUUGCUGUGUUGUUUAAGUUUACUUCUCCCCCGACCGAAGUGGCGGUGCUUGAAAAAGACGCAAGCAGUGUUCAGCAUUAACUAACACU